CACUUAAAUGGAUGUACCACACACUUUCUCUCUGCCUCCCAUUCACAUGUCUUUAUCAGAGGUCUGCAGCUCUAAUCCCCCUUAAUCCCAGUCAACAGAGGCGGAGCAAAACCACUCGUUGCGUUUCACAGUGUUCCUGUGGCCGCAUUUAGUGCGAGGCGUUUGUGCGUAGAGCAUGAUGGACGGACCUGGUCGCUAUGUGUAACGUUGUGUCUUCGUGUAGAGUAGUGUGUGUGUAAAAAAAGGUGCGUCUGAGGGGGGGAGCAGAUGCGCCUCUUGCCAUGACUUGUGCCGGGAAGCAUAGCUUUCAGGCGGCGUUGAUCUUUCUGUCUGUCGCCCAGCUGACUGCAGGUCUAAAGUGUGUGUGCCAGCUGUGCCCCAACAACACCUGUGAGACAAUGGCAGACGGCGCCUGCUGGAACUCUGUGAUGUUGAUUGACGGAAAGGAAGAGACGGUUAAAUCCUGCCUGUCGCCUGCAGAGAUGAAGGGCCAGGUCUUCUGCUACAGCUCCAGAAAUGUCUCCAAGAGGAACUGCUGCUUCACCGACUUCUGCAACAAUGAGACUCUGCACCUACAUCCAGAGAGGCCUUCACAAGAACCAGGAUGGAGCAAGGAGCAUCUCACUGUGGUCAUCCUGGUGCCAUUCUGCCUGUUGUGUGUGGGAAUCCUGCUGGGAGUGUUUGUGGUGCAGGGUCACCGCUGUUACUACAGCAGAGCCCACAAGCAGGACCCCGAGGAGCCACUGGAUGACCAGAUGCUCAUGUCACCCGACAAGUGUCUCAAAGAUCUGAUUUACGACAUGAGCACCUCGGGCUCUGGAUCAGGUCUGCCACUCCUGGUCCAGCGCACUAUAGCUCGUACAAUUGUUCUGCAAGAGUCCAUCGGGAAGGGUCGAUACGGGGAGGUGUGGCGGGGAAAGUGGCGAGGAGAGGAUGUAGCGGUGAAGAUCUUCUCCUCAAGGGACGAGAGGUCGUGGUUUCGGGAAGCAGAGAUUUUUCAGACCAUCAUGCUAAGACACGAGAACAUCCUUGGCUUCAUUGCUGCGGACAACAAAGAUAACGGCUCAUGGACCCAGCUGUGGUUGGUGUCAGAGUACCAUGAGCACGGCUCCCUGUAUGACUACCUGAACAGGUACACUCUCUCUGUGGAAGGUAUGAUCGUCCUCUCUACGUCUAUAGCCAGUGGCCUGGCACAUCUUCACAUGGAAAUCAUUGGUACACAGGGGAAACCUGCAAUUGCUCACAGAGACCUAAAGUCUAAAAAUGUCCUGGUAAAAAAGAACGGCACAGCAGUCAUCGCAGAUUUGGGUUUGGCUGUGAAACACGACUCCAACACAAAUACCAUUGAUAUACCCUCCAACUACAGAGUGGGAACCAAGAGGUACAUGGCUCCAGAGAUCCUGGAUGAGACGAUCAAUAUGAGCAGCUUUGAGUCAUUCAAGAGGGUGGAUAUAUACGCACUUGGCCUGGUGUUCUGGGAACUAGCCCGAAGAUGCUCUGUCAGGGGACUUCAAGAAGAUUUCCAGCUGCCUUAUUAUGACCUGGUGCCUUCUGAUCCGACCAUCGAGGACAUGAGGAAGGUUGUGUGUGAGCAGAAACUCAGACCCAACAUCCCCAACCAGUGGCAGAGCUGUGAGGCUCUGCGUGUGAUGGGCAAACUGAUGAGAGAGUGCUGGUACGCCAACCCUUCUGCUCGACUCACUGCUUUGCGGGUCAAGAAAACCGUGUCUCAGAUUUCUGUCUUCAAGGAUGUCAAAGAUUAGCUUGAUUUGUCGCCCAGCAGAUCAGCACUGGUGCUGGCAUCGAUGCAACAUUAUGGACAGAGAGAUGUUGGAAACAAACAGGGAGAAAGUUUUCCUCUGUAACUGCCUGAGACUGCCCUCUUCUGGACACAACCGCACUGUUCACCCUCAGAGAGAAGAGUCAGGUUGGUGUUUGGUGCCAAAGUAUUAAAGGGGGUGUCUGAGGCGACUAUGCACACAGACACCGUUAAAACAAUGCGAACCAAAAAGAUACACUUUUGGUAGAAAGAGCCAUAUGAGAUAAGAAUGUGUGUAAUGUAUGUACAGAUUUUUUUUUACUACCUCAGAGAUUUCAGUGCCCAAAGCUUAAAGUUGCACAUUGUGAUGUUUUUGUGCCAUAUCAUGUAGCAGACACAUUAUUGCUUGUUAGGUAGUACGCUCGUUUACUAUCAGAUACGAUUCUGGUAGGGCAGUUUUACUGGUUACAACUUCUUUAAAAUGAAGCAUACGCAGACUGCACAUAAUAAUCUGACUUUUAAAGUACUUCUGCAUGGUUAUUAUAGUUCAGUUGUAGGUAAAUGGUUUGUCAGAAAAGUCUGUUUGCAGCAAUGAGGAAACAGCAGUGCUUAGCUAUCUUGACGUUAUCAUUAAGUUAAAUAAAGUUAAGUGUUUUUUUUUUAACAAGUUUUAAGUGUUAUUGUUGACUAACCAUUGCCUAGAUUGAAAUUAGUCUGUGUUUUUUUUUUUUGGUCCAAAUACCUCAACCAUCAUUGAAAAGAUCACACAAUCAUUCAAUAUAAAUGAUUGGACUAUUAAAGCUUAAACUAUUAAACCUGUUCUUGGACUGUGCAGAAUUAUCCCACUGAGCUGUUUUUGAUUCAAUCAAAAACGGGAUCCAGCCUCUGGUGUCACCUGCAGGCCACAUUUUUAAGAUCAAGACAUUCUAGUGUUAAGAUUUACAAAAAAAAUGUCUCUCCUUUAACCGCCUCAUGAGAUCAGUAAAGUGUCUGAAGACUUAAUCUGUGUUGUCUUGUUGUAGAGACAAGAGCUGCUCCCUGGCAGGUGAAUGCACAUUUGUUUUUACACACAGAAACUCCUUUAAGAGUGUGAAAAAAAUAUGUAUUUUUUUAUUGAUAGAAUAUAUGAAUACACACUGGAACAAUGUUCACAUUAUGAAAGCUGAGCUACUCGAAUGCUCAAAUCAUAAUGUAGGAAGAAUUCAAUAUCAGUGUUGCUAACUUUGGCUCGGUUGGAUUAUUUUAACAGAACUCCAGACAGCACACGUUAGAAGACACUUUUUACAGCAGGUUCUCUAUGUAUUAUAUCAUUAUGAUAAAAGCAACAUAAGCACGUACCUGAUAAAAAGGUCUCAAUCUAGCCAUGAAGAGACUUUCAUAGGAAAAAAUACUUCAACGUCAUGGCUGAUGUUGAAAUACAAGAAAAGCAUGGUCAUGGGUUCACACACUCGAAUGCUGCUGUCUGAUGAGGCCUUCAAGACCUCUUCAUAACAGGCUUAUAGGAGACGUGCAGACAGGGACAUCUGCACACCAUGAGGGGCCUUUCUGCAACCACAUGUGUUCAGAUGAAUCUGUGUGAAUGUGUGUCUGUGUCUUUAAGAAUAUGUGAAAUGAAAAAUGAAGUACAUAAGAAAUGUAAUUAAUCAAUGCACUGUUUGUGAAACAAGUUGUACUGGUGAAAACUUCCCAUGUAUCCCAUCCAUCAUGCUCAUAAUAACUAUACUAUAUGUAGCAUCAGCUAUGUAGCCUGUGGCUCUAUCGUCCUAUAUCUGUACAUGUGCAGGUCUUCAUUUGUUUCUUUAAUGAUGAGAUUACUCUGUCCAUGAUAACGACUUUGUGUGUUGCAGAACACCAGAUAGGAAACACUAAAGACACAUGUUGCUCUGCCUGUGACAAUUGGAACUACUUCCAUAUGAUUUUAUUUUUUUGUAUUACUUUUUGUCUAAAAGCUUUUUGUCUGUAUGGUGUCAUAUCUGCUUCUAAAAAGCGUGAGAGAAAAGGGGAAAAGAUAGCUUGAGUAUAUUAAAGAUGUGUCAACCUUUCCAAAGAGGGGUGAUCACCAUGUGCAAUUUCUGACGGGUGUCUUUUUUCUACAUAUUGUACAUUAUGAGAUCAAUAUAUAUAAAAGAUAAGUGUGAUACUGCUUUCAUGAAAUAAGACAUAUUUUUGAUUAUAUGAAGCUGUUGUCGCUUGGAUUUCAACCUAUUGCAUUGUAUCUGUUCUCUUGCACUAUUUAUUCUGUAUAAGUGAUAUCAGUGGGUCAAUAAAUUAUCUUUUUCACAGA